AUGGACCAGCUCACAGUGCUGAAUCUUCUGCUGUCUCUCACAAAGCGGGCUCCAGCACCCAUUGCAGCAGCGGGUGCCUACGAAGUUGUGAAGGGCGUCUCCAAUGUUGCACUGGUCCCAAGAAGAAACAAGAUCAUGAACUUCCUACGACCUUUGGUAGAGCAUGAGGGGGAGAAUCCUCUUUUGACCAAUAUCAGGACUGGUGGCCUGAAGUCUCCUUAA